AUGGGAUCGCCGGUUAAAUUGUAUGUCUACGAUCUGUCUGGAGGAUUAUCAAAAAUAUUAUCAAAAUCAUUAUUGGGUAGACAAUUAGAAGGAAUAUGGCACACGGCUAUUGUCGUUUUCGAAAAAGAAUAUUUUUUUGGAUCAGAUGGCGUGAAAUCGUGUAGAGCGGGCGGUACGAUUUUACAGGAGCCACACGAAAUAAUUCCUUUGGGAGAAACUUUCGUUCCCUACGCAUUGUUCAACGAAUACCUUCAAGGUUUGAAAGAAUCUCGAUUUGCAGGAUCCUCAUACGAUUUACUCAAACACAAUUGCAAUCAUUUCUCUGACGAACUUGCACAAUUUCUCUGCGGAACGAGAAUUCCAAAACACAUAUUAAACCUUCCGGAUAUCAUAAGAGAAACUCCCGUAGGUUCGACUCUUUUACAUCUCAUAGAGGGUUUAGGAAGAGGACCCAACAUCACGGCUGACCGUAGAAAUAGUAGAGAAGAUUCUCCCGAAUUUUUACAAUUGAAUUCUGCUAUAGAAGAAAUAAGGUGA